AUUAAUUUAGAUUUUCUAAUGAAUCAAAAUUAACAAUUAGAAUUAAGUAAAGAAAAGGUUCCUUUAUUCAAAUUCAUACUUAUUGGUGAUUAAUGUAUUUAAGAAUUUUUAAAUAUAGCUGUUGGAAAGAGCUCGAUUGUUAAACGCUAUAAAAAUGAAGAGUUUAACUACAAUAUUAAGGCAACAAUAGGAGUAGAAUUCAUUAAAAAAUUUGUUCAAGUUGAUAAAGGUUUGAUUGAAAUCUAAUUAUGGGAUACAGUAUUUAUAAGGAAUUUUAUAUUUUUAUUAGGCUGGUUAAGAGUAGUUUCGAAGUGUCAUUAGAAGUUUUUAUCGUGGAGCUGCUGCUGUAUUCAUUGUAUAUAGUGUCAACUUAAAAGAAUCAUUUGAUUAAUUGUCAAUCUGGUUAAAUGAAAUUGAAUAUCAUGCACAUUCUGAGAUUAUAAAGGUUUUGGUUGGGAAUAAAUGCGAUUUACAAAGAGAAGUUCAAAAAGAAGAAGCUGAGUCAUUAAUGAAUAAUAAUAAUUUUAGUUUAUUUUUUGAAACAUCAGCAAAAACUGGAGAAAAUAUAGAUGAAGUAUAUAGUUUUUUUAAUGUUACACUAGGCAUUUAUACAAACAGCUAAAUUAGUACUACUAAAAUAUUUUAGUAGCGAUUCUUUUAGACAAGCUACAAAAGUUAACAAAAAAUCUGCCGAUCCAAUUAAUAUAAUAAAGUCUUCUAAUAAAAAUGAAUCAUUUGAAGGAUAGUCUCCAUAAUAAUAACAACACCAAGACUCUAAUUAAUCGGGAUGCUGUUGAAUAUUAU